CCUUGUGGGUGUGGCCGUUUAACCGUCCCACCCCCACCGUUAUCCACCUCCGGUGCCGCCACGAGCCGCGGCGGGGGCUAAGAGACGCUUCGGCCCUUCCCGGUGCUGUGAGUCCCGAUGCCGCUGGCGUUCCCCUGCCUGGCCGUGGGGCGAGCCGCGCCCUCCUCAGCGCGGGCGUAGGCGGGCCUCGGGCCUCACCCAGGGCGGUGUAAUUCCCGGCGGGGACUGUGGGGCAUCGCGCCCUGUUGGGAGGCACCGCUCCGCCCGAGCUGCCUGCCUCAGGCUGCUGUGGUGGCUGGACGGGGGCAAGCCCCAUGUGUAGACCGGGCUCAGUGUCACCCCCUUCUUGCUCCACGGAUGGCAGCUGCGGUGCCGUGUGUGGCGCUGCCUGUCACCUGUGAAGUGGGCUUUCCUCAGAGGUGUCUAAUUUGUGGGAACAGCCCCACGCCGCAGUUGCCAACUUUCACAUGGCUCUGUAGUCACUAUAGUACUGUAUCAAGACAUGGAUUGGGACCAGUUUGACAUGAACCCCAAAGUGAUAGCUGCUGUUAAGAAAGCUAAUAUAAAAUCAAUAAAAGAGAUUUUGAAUCUUUCUGGAGCAGACUUGCAAAGGCUGACAAAACUGUCCAGUAUGGAUGUACAGUGCUUACUGAAAACAGUCUCUGGUACAUUGAGGAAAAGCUGUGUGCUUACAGCACUUCAGCUGUACCAAGACAAAGAUCACUGCACAUCCCAACACCAGAAACUAAGCCUGGGUUGCUCAGUACUAGAUAGCUUGUUAAGAGGUGGCAUUCCUGUGGUGGGGAUCACAGAACUUGCUGGUGAGAGCUCUGCUGGGAAGACUCAGAUUAGUUUGCAGCUGUGCCUUUCUGUGCAGUAUCCUUAUGAAUAUGGAGGAUUAGAAUCUGGAGCUGUCUACAUUUGCACAGAAGAUGUUUUCCCAAAUAAACGCUUGCAGCAACUGAUUGAUCAACAACAUACAUUUAGGGCAGAUGUUCCACUUGAUGUCGUACAGAAAAUAAAAUUUGGAAACAGUGUUUUCAUUGAGCAUGCAGCAGACCUUGACACCUUCUACAACUGCAUUGCUAAAAGGAUUACCUUACUGCUCUUGAGAGGCCUGGUGCGUUUGGUGGUCAUUGAUUCUAUGGCUGCUUUGUUUCGAUGUGAAUUUGGAGCAAAAGAUUCUGUUAUGAAAGCCAGAUAUCUGCGGACAUUUGGAGCAAAACUUCACAGUUUAAGCAGUAGAUUCAGAACUCCAAUACUAUGCAUUAAUCAGGUAACUGAUGCAAUGGAUGAGACAGAUGUUGCUCAGAGCAAUUUUCGCUUAUUGGAUAAGAAAAUUUCUCCAGCACUUGGGCUAACGUGGUCCAAUCAACUGUUGAUGAGACUGAUGGCCAGUCGCAUAACACAAUCAGAACAGUCACCUGGAGGUGCAUUACAGCAUACUGGAAGUGUUCUGAGGACUUUAAGCGUGGUUUUUGCUCCUCAUCUCCCUCCGUCCUUUUGCUGCUAUGCAGUAAAUUUGGAAGGUGUGAAAGGUGUAAAAGUGAAAACCUCACUGUGAAAAUGUUACAUAUCUAUCGACUCCAAAGAUAGAUAUAAAUGAUUGUGAAUCAAAGCCAUUGGCCUACUUUUUUUCCCCCCCCAGCUGUAGAAAAGAUGCCUAGCCAUGUAUAUGAAAAAUGUUGCUUGGACAAUACACUUUUAUAACCAUAUUCUGCAAAAAUACAGAAGUAGUGAUGAAGAAUAGAUUUCUGUACCUACUUUUAGAUUGUUAGGUUUGCACUUUAAUGUAUCUAUCUUGGAAAAGAAGGGAUCUUAAUAAAAUAUUACCUGUAUCUUUGAGAUGCAGACUAUACUUAUGCUGGCCUGCUUUAAACACUUACUGAAGUAGGCCAGCUGUACUUUCAAAUCCUGACACGAGCAGGGAAAUAGCAUGUUUAUAAAACUAAAGUAGCUGAAAGUGUGCUGCUCUCAGACAGGAAUAAUUCAUGAAUAUAGUACCAAAGCAAUACUGACUUGUUACCUGCACUAACACCCUCCCCCCCAAAAAAAACUCACCUUACCACAACCAACAAAAAACCUUUGUGCUAUUACUUCUAGCUAAACCAUAGCUGACUUCACUACUUGUAGCAGUGAGGGUAUUUGUGAAGAAGAGGACACAGCUACUCCUCUAGCUCCUGUACAUUGGCUAUAGAUUCUAUGAAGAUUCUUAUACUGCUCACAUCACCAGAACAACUUCAAGUAGUUCAUGAAGCAAAUAUUAACAUUUGUUAUACAUGAUUCAUUCUCUCUGCAGAGGGAGAAUUGUGUGUGCAGUGUAGCAUUUUGGUAACAUUUUAGAUAUACAUACCACUAUGUAUUUGUAUUUUCAUUGCGGGCAGCAUUAGUAGGGGCAGUAUUCGUUCCAUAUCUUCUACUUGUAAAUGGGGUUAAGCCUGAAGUUUGUUUACAACAGUUAUUGGCUGCAGAUGGGAAUGCUGUAAUAUAAACUGGCUGCAAAAUGUAUAGGCUGAUCCUAGCUAAGAUUUUUAAAAAGCUCUUAUCAAGCAAUACCAAAUAUAAAUUGAACUGUAUGGGAUAAGUUAGUUUGCCUAAGGCAAACUGGAAAGAAUUCAUUUUAGGUUCGACUCCUGUCUUGUUUCUUUCAGCAAAGUAGUAUUUUACUAUAUCACUUUAUUUUAAAAGCUGUCAUAGGUGGUGUACAGGAAUACUUGAUUUAACCACUUACUGAAUACUACAUGCAUGGAGUUGAAGCUGGAAAAUACAGAUGUUGCAUGCUACUGUUUGCUAGAAGAGAGGUAUGUAAAGCAGAGUGAAGGUACAUUUGUUUUUAAGCUUCCACAAAAAGAGAGGUUGUUUAGUUAGCAUGGCUCUUUUUGUUGCUCAUUUACAAUACACUUCUAUCUCCCUG